AUGAAGCGGAAGUCUAUGAAGACAAAAAUUAAAAAAACAAGCCUUCAAAACAUUGUAUCACCCUCAUGUGGAUGCCAGAACCCUAUUGCUGAUAUUAUAAAUUGCGGCUGCAGAGGUCAAGCGAUAGACCCAAUCUUAGGAGCACUGGGAGCUCUUGAUAUAGCUAUUCCUGGAUUCCGAGGACCUAUUGCCGAGGCUCCAAUAGGCACUCUAACUCCUCUACCAAUUGCCUACCCUGGAUGUCGUGGACCUAUCAUUGAACCCGCCCUAGGACCAAUAGCACCUUUUGAAAUUGGCAUUGCUGGGUAUAAACCCCCAGUAGUAGACAUUCCAAAUUACAGAUAUGCUGACCUAAUGGAACUCAGUCCCUUAGGAUGUCUCUUCCCUUCAAUAGAAAUACCUAGCUAUGGAGUUCUCCCUGCCCCCAUGUCUUUACCAACCGUGGAAUAUUUUACUGCAGUAGAUUUGCCAUGUGGAUGUCCUGGACCUCAGUGUGGAUGUAGGGCUCCAGCUGUCAAGUUACCUUGCGCAAGAGAAUAUACAACGCCAAUGGAUUUACUCUCUUACGGAAAUAUGGCUUCGGUGAUUGAAAUACCAUCUUAUUCUCCAGGGGCUCUUAUUCAAAUUGAUGGAUGUCGUGCGCCAGUAGUACCAGCAUGCGGUUGCGCAGGACCUUGUUCAUGUCCUGGAGUUCCAUUAUCUCCAUGUGGAUGUAAAACACCGUGUUCAUGUCCUGAAUACCAAAUUUUAUCGUGCGGUUGUCAAGGAUCUUGCUCUUGUCCUACUUCUUUCUCGCCUUGUGGAUGUAAAGGACCUUGUGGGUGUGGUGGUGCCCCAGCUCCAUGUGGAUGCCAGGGUCCUUGCUCGUGUCCUGCAAUCCAAUCACCAGUUGGUUUGCUACCGGCAGUAGAGGUGCCGUCUUAUGGAUGUGGAUGUGGUCUUUCUGGAUGUGAUUGUGUCAAGUACUUGCGCCAAGUAACUCUUCAGCCGCCAUUUUUGUAA